CCUACAUAUACCCGGUGCGCCGCACCUGUCCGCCCGCAUCCGCCCGCCCGCACCCGCCAGCUCACCGCCGCUUGCACCUCGGCCCCGGGCCGACAGCCCAGCGUCCAGCGGGGACUUCAGCACCCGGAGCCGCCCCUUCGGCGCCUCCACCUUUUGUUUGGGAAGCGUCGCCGACAGCACCGGAGGGAACGGCCUGGACUCCGGGGAUCGCCUUUGCCGGCCACUGGUCCUCGGAGCGUCACCUGUUCCCUCUGCGGAGACCCUCGCCCGCCGGAGGGGCGAUUGGUUUCUUUCGGGUGAUAAAAACUUCGCAGUCACUCGACCAGAAACUGUUUUGCGCUUUGGGUGACCUAUAACUGCAGCCCCAGCCGUCUGGUGGGCUCGCCCCUCGAAGUUUCCUUUGCUGCAGAGGCUCCCGCCCGCGCCCCUCGUCUUUGUGAGGGCGGAAUGGCCAACUCGGGCCUGCAGCUGCUCGGCUUCGCCAUGGCCUUGCUGGGCUGGGUGGGCCUGGUGGUGUGCACCGCCCUCCCGCAAUGGCAGAUGAGCUCGUACGCGGGAGACAACAUCAUCACAGCCCAGGCCAUGUACAAGGGGCUGUGGAUGGACUGCGUGACGCAGAGCACGGGGAUGAUUAGCUGCAAAAUGUACGACUCGGUGCUUGCCCUGCCCGCGGCCUUUCAGGCCACGAGAGCGCUCAUGGUGGUGUCCCUCGUGCUGGGCUUCAUGGCCAUGUUCGUGGCCACUAUGGGCAUGAAGUGCACACGCUGUGGGGGAGACGACAAAGUGAAAAAGGCCCGGAUAGCCAUGACCGGAGGCAUCAUUUUCAUCGUGGCAGGUCUGGCUGCUUUGAUAGCUUGCUCCUGGUACGGCCAUAAGAUUAUCACAGACUUUUAUAACCCUUUGGUCCCCAUGAAUACUAAGUACGAGUUUGGUCCUGCCAUCUUCAUCGGCUGGGCAGGGUCUGCUCUGGUCCUCUUGGGAGGUGCAAUGCUCUCUUGCUCCUGUCCUGGGAGUGAGGGCAAAGCUAGGUACGGUGCGCCCCGCUCCUACUCUAAGCCCAGCUCUGCCAAGGAGUAUGUGUGAGCUGGGACUCCGUUGCCCCAGCCUGGCAACCUAGACACUUAAAAGGACCUGGGGCAGAGCUCAGCCUGUGGGCAGGGUGUGCGGCGGCAGCCCUGGGUCAUGCAGUCCUGUACACCACGUUCAGUUCCCUGGGGGCUGGGUGGGGGAGAACAAAGGAGAGCGGAUGUGCUUUUUGUACAGUAAUAAAACGUAUGUUUUGGAAAGUAG